GUUACACACACAUAUUGCCGAAGAAAAUAAAGGCUAAUAAUAGUUUUAACGGUCUAUUGUUUUUUUUUCAUACACGUUUAUUUACCUGGAUUUAUGGCUACCGCAGGGUCUGGAAACGAGACAUAUAUCGAGACGAGUCAUGAAGCUCUCUCCACACUGGACGAGCCAGUCUCCCAAACGCUGCUUCGUGAUGCCAAAGCGAUAUGGCGCAAACUGGUUGUGGUUGUGUGCCCGCCUUUGAGCAAUGAUCGUGAACUCCGGGAUUGGGAUCUGUGGGGCCCGCUCAUUCUCUGUCUCAUUCUGGCCAUUAUCUUAGCCACCUCAGCCCCCCCCAAUAUGACAGGGCUCGUUUUUUCCGCCGUCUUUGUUUUAGUCUGGGUUGGUUCCGCCGUUGUGACACUCAAUGCGAAGUUUCUCGGUAGCACGAUAUCCUUCUUUCAGACGGUCUGUGUCAUGGGGUACUGCAUUGCACCGAUCUGCUUUGGCGCCCUGAUUGACCUUUUUAUCCCAUUCUUUUGGCUGAAGCUUAUGUUCUCGGGUGUGGUGUGGGCCUGGGCAUGCUGGGCCUCCCUCCGCUUUUUUAGGGGCACCACCAAAGCCGAGAAGGAAAUGCUCGUCAUCUACCCAGUGGCCCUCUUCUACCUUUUUAUGACAUGGAUGGUACUGGUGGGUGUAUAGUGGAAAAUAAAAUACAUUCACAUGAAUAGUGGAUGUAUUGCAUACUUUUUAUUGCGGCGGUUUUUUUAAUUUUGAAAUAGAAUACCUUCCAGGAAACGUGCUCAUCUUGCCUUUUAGAAAUGUUAUGGGUGCCCCUUUUUUCGUUUUUCGAAGCAAAAUUUAUGAAGUUAGUCCUAAUAAACGUGAAGGUUGAUUGUUUCCUGAGUUUUAAAAAUUUAUUCUCAUUUUUCAGAUUGCAUGUGCUUUUUUCCCCUUUCGUAGAGCGAUAAGGAUCUGAUUUCUUUGUAGGAAACAAGUGAAAAGAUGAUGUCGAUAAGAAAAAUUUCUUAACAGAAAUGACUCGCCCACCGUAUUAUUACCUAAGAACGAAUUAACUUCGUGAAAUUUAUGAAACUGAGUGAUCAAGGGAUUAGUGUUAACUCUUUAGGGAGCGCAGGUCUAAAAUAGAUCUUGUAUGAAUCUAUCCUUUAUCUGAAUUUCUUUUUUCUAAGUCGAAAAGCAUAGAGGAGGGAUCACAGGAAGAAGGGGAAGAAACCGAUCGCUUUUUAUUUGGAUCAUAUUCAAUGGAAAAAAAAACAGGGAAUGAACUUCCGCUGGUUUACCUGUCUUCCCUAGCAUGUCAGCUUUAAGAAUAUCAUCAUCUCAAUUAUAUGGAACAAUCUGAAGAAUUCAGGUUUGCCUAUGCACAUAAUGUGCAAAAGUACGAUCUUUUUCUCUAUAAAGAUAAGUAAAUGACGAUUUCACGUGAAUUUUAUAGGAUCUAUUUUUUGCACACAACAUAUCAAAGCCACUUGAUUUGCAUUUUCGGACCGUGUGAACACAAGGUAUGAGUAUCAGAAUAACUUUGCCAAGACAGAAAAGUACAUUACUAUUACUUCAUGCGAAUAAAAAUUGUCUAUAUGAAAUAUUUCACACAAAUUGACGCUUGUAGUUUAUUUUAAAUAGUUUUGAAGCAUUGAAUGCUAAAAUUCAUUGAGUGAUGAAGAGGAGUAAAAAGGAAACGCGCCGAUGCAAUCAUGUCUCGACAAAAUAACUUUGCAAAAAGCAUGACAUUCUUGUUUAUUUAUUUAUUGCAGUCAUAUUUUUUAAUGUUUUACUGCUAUAAUUAGGUGAUUUUUCUUCGAAAGAACGAAAGUUACAAAUCUUGGUCUUUAUUCUCAAAAUUCUUUAUAACAUCACUCAGGAUUUGAGUCACGUUUUGUAUUCAAUAAUACUGACAACGGAUACUGUGAAUUCAUCAGGUAUAUACAA